AUGGCCUGUGAGGGUGGGAAUAAACUCUGGGGAGGAAGGUUCAGUGGAAGCACAGAUCCAGUCAUGGAGAUGCUCAAUGCUUCCAUUACCUAUGAUCAGAGACUGGCUGAAGUUGAUAUCCAGGGGAGCAUGGCUUAUGCCAAAGCCUUGGAGAAGUCUGGGAUAAUACCUAAAAGUGAGCUGGAGAAGAUACUGAAUGGUCUGGAAAAGAUCUCUGAGGAAUGGUCUAAAGGAGUCUUUGUGGUGACCCAAAGUGAUGAGGACAUCCACACUGCCAAUGAACGCAGACUUAAGGAGCUGAUUGGAGACAUAGCUGGAAAGCUGCACACUGGGAGAAGCAGGAAUGAUCAGGUUGUUACUGACUUGAAGCUGUUCAUGAAGAAUUCCCUCUCUGUCAUCUCCACUCACCUCCUGCAGCUCAUCAAGACCCUGGUGGAACGUGCUGCCAUAGAAAUCGAUGUUAUCUUGCCUGGCUACACCCACCUGCAGAAAGCCCAGCCCAUCCGAUGGAGCCAGUUCUUGCUCAGCCACGCUGUUGCUCUGACCCGGGACCUGGAGCGCCUGGGAGAGGUGAAGAGGAGAAUCAAUGUCUUGCCGCUGGGAAGUGGUGCUCUGGCUGGCAACCCCCUGGGGAUCGAUAGGGAGCUGCUGUGCAGUGAGCUGGACUUUGCUUCCAUCAGUCUGAACAGCAUGGACACAGUCAGUGACAGAGACUUUGUGGUGGAAUUCCUCUCUGCUGCUACCCUGCUGAUGAUCCACCUUAGCAAGAUGGCUGAAGAUCUCAUCAUCUACAGUACCAACGAGUUUGGCUUUCUGACCCUCUCUGAUGCUUACAGCACUGGCAGCAGCCUGAUGCCUCAGAAGAAGAACCCCGACAGCCUGGAGCUGAUCCGCAGCAAAGCCGGCCGCGUCUUCGGGCGGUUGGCUGCCAUCCUCAUGGUCCUCAAAGGACUCCCAAGCACCUACAACAAGGAUCUGCAGGAGGACAAGGAGGCCGUCUUUGAUGUUGUGGACACCCUGAAUGCUGUGCUGCAGGUCGCCACUGGAGUAAUUUCUACCCUCCAGAUCAACAAGGAGAACAUGGAAAAGGCCCUGAGCCCUGAGAUGCUCUCUACUGACCUGGCUCUCUACUUGGUUCGUAAAGGAAUGCCAUUCAGACAGGCCCACACUGCCUCUGGGAAGGCCGUCCACCUUGCAGAGUCUAAAGGUACCACCAUCAAUAAUCUCAGCCUGGAUGACCUGAAAAGCAUCAGCCCCCUGUUUGGCAGUGAUGUCUCCCAGGUCUUCAACGUGGUGCAGAGCGUGGAGCAGUUCAGGGCUGCUGGGGGCACUGCCAGGAGCAGCGUGUCUGCCCAGAUCGAGCACCUGAGGGAGCUGCUGAGGAGGCACGAAGAGCAGGCUUAGAGUGUGGGCAGACAGCCCAGGGCUGCAGCACCGUGCCUGUCACACUCGGCUGGGGUCAGUAAACGCUGGGGUGGAGGUAGUUCACUGAAA